AUGACCGUACCCCACAUGACCGUACCCCACAUGUUCCUCCCCUCUCCUCUCUCCCCUCUCCCCUCUCCUCUCUCCCCUCUCCCCUCUCCUCUCUCCCCUCUCCCCUCUCCUCUCUCCCCUCUCCCCUCUCCCACCCUCCAGCAAUGCGGACAACAACAAGAUAGACCUACAACUCCCGGACCACAUUUGAGGCGCCUCAAAAGUCAUCAUCCGUCUGUUCCUCUACUCUUCCCUCUCCCCUCCUUUCUCUCCUCCUUUCUCCCCUCCUUUCUCCCCUCCUUUCUCCCCUCCUUUCUCCCCUCCUUUCUCCCCUCCUUUCUCUCCUCCUUUCUCCCCUCCUUUCUCCCCUCCUUUCUCUCCCCUCUCCCUCCCUCCAGCAACGGGGACAACAACAAGAUCGACCUACAACUCCCGGACCUCUCAGCUUCAGCAGCCUCUGGCGCAAUACACUACGUCUCCCUUAUAAACAACGAGCUGGACGAUACAGGCGGCAAGAUCCGUCGAAAAACGCCCCAGUAUCUAAUGGACAUGGUUACCAACAACUCCCUCCGCCUCUGGGGAAACCCCUUCUGCAAUUUCACCCUUGUACUCCCCGCCCUCGCUCCUGCUUGUGACCGCUACAACGACAAGAUCCAGCCUCCAGUCUUCCUCCCUUCCCCUGGUGCCUCCCUUGACGAUAUUGUGUUCACCUCAGACCCUUUCUGUCCCUCUCACAACUGUGAUCCUACCGCCGCCGCCGCUUACCCCAGCUUUUAUGCCUACCGGGUGGCAGCGGCUUGCGUCUGUGCCAAGGCACUAAAAGUCUUCCUUAGGCUCGUUCACUCGCCGAAUCUGUUCUUCUCUAAGUCUUUAGCAACUGACCUGCAGCGGGGGUUGGAGGCGCAGUUUGGGUGGGAAACCGGGCAGGCGUGGAUUCGGCAGGUUCGGACGAAAAGGGACGGUUCUCAGCUGCUGGAGGUUUUGAUUUUUCUGCCCGGCGGGCAGAAAUGGACGGCUGCGAUCGUGAAUGCGGUGGUGAUGAGGUUCGUGCGGCAUAACGUCUCCAUGGGGGUCAGCUACGGGCCGUACCGGUUCGAAGGAUUCACCUCCCCAAUUCCACUGAAAGAAGCACCGUUCAACUCGUCCCAAGGGACGCCAGUGGCAGUGAAGCGCGUGCGCGAAGCAGCCCUCCGCUCCGACUUCUCCCUCUCCACCUUCAUCAACGAGAUCAAGGUCCUCUCCUCCAUCAGCCACCCCAACCUCGUACCCCUUAUAGGCUUCUGCAGGGAAGCGCAAGAGCUCAUGCUCGUCUACACCUACGCUCCAAACGGGUCCCUUUUCGAUAAUCUCCACGGCGGAUUAAAAGAGCAAGGCGGGCUGAGGGACUGGGGGAGGAGGAUCGAUGUGCUGGUGGGGGCGGCGAGGGGGUUGGAGUAUUUGCACGGGGGGUUGGAGGUGCCGAUUGUUCAUUCGGAUGUGAAGCCGGAGAAUAUUCUCAUUGCUGCGUCGGGGGAGGGUCUGCUGUCGGAUUUUGGACUGAGUGCGUUCGUGCGGGAGGCGUCGGUGCACACUCCGGCUUCGACAAUCGUCAGAGUGAAGGGAUCCGUGGUGAGUGGGACUGUGGGAGGGAUGCCGGAGAAUAUUCUCAUUGCUGCGUCGGGGGAGGGGCUGCUGUCGGAUUUUGGACUGAGUGAGUUCGUGCGGGAGGCGUCGGUGCACACUCCGGCUUCGACAAUCGUCCGAGUGAAGGGAUCCGUGGGCUACGUGUGUCCGGAGUAUUCAUCAACCGGGGUGCUCAACUCCAAGUGUGACGUGUACAGCCUUGGGAUUGUCGUGCUGGAGACGCUCACAGGCCUGCCACCUCAGAUAGAGGACCAGCACCUUGGGACCUCCACUCACAUCCGCGACCUGGUCUCUGCGUUGCUGAGGAAGCACGACAGCGAUCCCUCAGCAGUGCUCGACCCUGCACUGCCCUCCAACCUCCCCAAGGUCUCUGCGUUGCUGAGGAAGCACGACAGCGAUCCCUCAGCAGUGCUCGACCCCGCCCUGCCUUCCAACCUCCCCAAGGUGCCAGCCUGGCGCCUGCUGCAGCUGGCUCUGCGCUGCACCGCUCCCACCGGCCGCGAUCGGCCUCACAUGGGGGAGGUGCUAUCUGAGCUGCUCUUCGUGCAGAACGCUGUGAGGAAAUCGUGA